AAGUAAAAAGUAGAUUAUACACUUAUAUGAAGUAACUGGUCUUACUUAAUCUGUGACUUGGAUUGUCGGAAUUGCAGGCGGCUCAGUUUAUUUUUAAUUAAAAGCUAUUUUAAUUUUAAUAUUUUAAUCUCAGUUAUAUUUCAAGAAAAUCGAUAGUGUAUAGAAGCUUUACCUUCAUCAUAAGGUGAAAUUACUAUUUAUAAGUAGCUAAUAACUACAUGCCUCGCAAGUGUUAACGCAUUCGACCCGGGGCAAAUGAUUUAUUCCCAAAAUAGCGGUACCUUUGGUUGGCUUGAAGAUUGAUUGAAUGGAAAUUUACUUUUGAAGUGAAAAUAUUAUUUUAUAGCAACUUUUAAAAUGGGCCAUAAUCGAGCUUUAUAUCAAGAGAUAAAAAAAAUAUUCACUUGGACAUUUUUUAAAAGUUUGAUAGUGAAUCCUGCUCAGCUACCAUUUGUCGCAGUUUUUAUUUUAAUUGCUGAAUUAAUACUUAAUGUUUUGAUUGUGGAAAGAGUGCCGUAUACAGAAAUUGAUUGGAAAGCAUAUAUGCAAGAAUGUGAAGGAUUUCUUAAUGGUACUUUGGACUACAGCAAACUUCGCGGCGACACAGGACCUCUGGUAUAUCCCGCUGGCUUUGUGUAUAUAUACUCCAUUUUCUAUUUUAUAACGAAUAAAGGAGAUAAUAUCAAGUUAGCGCAAUAUAUUUUUAUUGGAGUUUAUUUGUUGUUGUUGAUAUUUGUGCUCCGAAUCUACAUUAAAACAAGGAAAGUACCUCCAUAUGCUCUUGCAAUAACAAUUUUAACAUCCUACAGAAUUCAUUCAAUACAUGUACUAAGAAUGUUUAAUGAUCCAAUUGCAGUUCUUUUAUUAUAUGCUUCGCUUAAUUGUUUUCUGGAUGCAAGAUGGUAUUUAGGCAGCUUUAUUUAUAGUUUAGCGGUAUCAGUUAAGAUGAAUAUUUUAUUAUAUGCUCCAGCUUUAUUUUUCUUUUAUUUAGUAAAUUUAGGCUUAAACAAUACAUUCAAACAAUUGUUAGUUUGUGCUAUAACGCAAAUUGUUUUGGGCCUGCCUUUCUUGUUCUCUAAUCCUGUAGCAUAUUUAAAAGGAAGUUUUGACUUGGGAAGAGUCUUUAAUCACACUUGGACUGUAAAUUACAGGUUUUUGGAUGUAAAAGUAUUUGAAAGUACUAUGUUUCACUUGGUAUUAUUGGGAAUACAUAUUAUGCUUCUACUGUUAUGUUUGCCUAUGUGUAUUCAAUAUUUUAAAAGUUAUUGCCGCUUAAGAUACAUUCAAAGACAAUUUCAGCCACAAAUAGAUGCCAAAAAUUUAGAAAAUAGUAAAAGUAUGAAAUCUAAAAAAGAAAAUAAAGCAAAAUUAAACCAAAAUCAUAAGGAUGACUUGUCAAAAGAACAAGAGAACUUCUUAAAAUCAUUUGAAAAUAUGUUACAAAAGUCAUCAUCUAAAAUGGGAAACAAAUCAGUUGAUAAAGUUAAACCUGAAAAAGAAACAGCUCCAUAUAGCAUUAAUUUUGAUAUAUUGUCACAACUUUUUGUUCUUCCUAUGUUUCUAGUAAACUUCAUUGGUAUUGUGUGUGCUAGGAGCCUACAUUAUCAAUUCUAUUCUUGGUAUUUUCAUACUUUACCAUAUUUACUUUGGUCUACCAACUACAGUAUAGUCAUAAGAUUUUUAAUAUUAGCCCUAAUAGAAUUUUGUUGGAAUACAUAUCCAAGCACAGAUGCAACUAGUGUCAUGCUUCACAUUUGCCAUAUAAGUAUAUUGUAUGGAGUUUAUAGAAAAAUGUCAAAAGAACAAAAUUUUGUUGCUAAAAAUGCAUAAGGAUAUGAAACAUUUUCUUUUUUUAUUUCAAUAGAACAUUGCAGGACUCGGUAAAUUGAUUCAAUAAAACAACAAUAUAAGCAUUUUAAGAAGUAUUUAUUAUGAAUCUUAACUAAUCAAAGUGAAAACUAAUAUAAUCUUAAAUUUAGAGAUAGAGGCGCAUAAUACUUCCUCUUUUAUCACAUGAUCCAUUAUUACUGGAAUUCGCCUUCACUCUAUCCAAACCCAAUAAAAUAUAUAGCAGAAUAUUCAUAGUAUUCUAAAUUCUUCUAUACUUUCUAUUUGAAGCUUCACUAGUUAUAUUCUUGUAUUAGUUUUUCAUUCAGUCAAAUAAAUAGUUUAGUUAUAA